UACAACUUAAGGGGUCCUCAAUUUGUAAACUUGAAAAAUGUCUGUGACUGAUGAUGACAUCAUCAAGAAGCGCUUAUUGAUUGAAGGUGAUGGAGGUAACGAUGACAAACGAAUUUGCAACCUAAUGAGAACAUUCCUCCGUUACUGUAACUCAACAGAAAAUGAUGAGGAAAGUGCCACCAACUACCAGAGGAUCCUUGCCACCCUGACUCAGUCUGAGUAUACCAUAGCAAAAUCCUCCAAAGUGUACCAGAUGAAUCUAAAGGAGCAGAACAACUACGACCAACUCAGUAACCAAAUAGAACAAAAGAUAAAGGAUGCAACAGAGAAGAUUUCUGAAUGCAAGAAGGAAGUUCAGCAAGCGAAAAGAAUACGUAAAAACAGACAAGAGUAUGAUGCCCUGGCCAAGGUGAUACAGCAACACCCAGACAGACAGGAUACAACUAGACAGCUCCAGUGUUUGGACAAAGAAGUAGCCAUCCUUGAGGAAUCAAAGGAAACACUGGAACAAAAGCUGGACCUUAGGAGGAAGCAGUUCCACGUGCUGAUAGCAUCCAUCCACGAACUGGAAAAGAUCCUGGAAGACGAUGAGAAGAAAGAAUCCAUGGAUACAAGCUGAUGAUGUUAUAUUGACGUUACAAUGAAAUUGAGUGCUCUAGGAUAUGUGGGAUUUGAGGAGAAUGAAUCGACUUUCUCAGUAUAUCUUUAAGAAAAACUCCUGGAAGCAGUGCCCUGUUUGGGAUCUGUGAAGCAUUGUAUUACUGAAUGGCCUCUCAGCAGACAAAGGAUAUAUAUUUUGUGUUAGUGUAUCACAGCAUCCUCCAAGUAACCACCAAAGGGAAAUAACUCUUUAUUCCUUAAAUGGUAUUGUGAAAAGAGAAUGUGUACACAAGACAAUGCUGAAACUUUCUAAAUUGAAAAAUAUUAGUCUGCUUUAUUCAGAAAUAUUCAGGCACAUUUUUUGCAGGGAUCAAAUUACUGUUUCUGAUUUUUUUGACCCCUAACCUCAAAAAGAAAUAUCUAGCCCUGAUUUCUUCAGAAUUUCAAGAUUUUAGUUUUGCCAAAAUUAGAAAUAUGGACUGUUCAUACAUGUUUCAAUAAAAAACACAGUAUAUAAAUGCAUAUAUAGCAAAACUGUAGAAAACUGAAGUCCUAACUUUAAAGAUUUAAGAUUUUAGAAAAUAUUUAUUUCAGUCUGCACUUUUUUUUUUCCUUCUAGAAAUCAGGACCAGGAUGGCUACCAGCUAUUAAUAUGUCUAAAACUUGUCUAAACUGAAUUAAGUUAUGAAUGAAUGGAAUUAAGUCAUCAGUGUUUUUCAUUUUUACAAACAUUUUUUAAGUUUUGUUAUCACAGUGAACAUUCUCUCAUAUGUUUAUGUUGAUAUUUGAUGCAACAGGUAGUUUGUACUCUCAUCCCCAAGGUAAAAGUUACUAUUGUCAUUUUGUAAAUGUAAACUGUUCUUUUAUGUUGAAAUUGUUCACUGUUAAUGACAGCGAAAAUUAUUUUUGUCAAAUUCAUUUCAGACAAGAAAUGGGAAAUAAAACGUAAUUCU